GAGAAGGAAAGACUAAAAGAGCGUAUCAGAAGAGUCCACUAAUGAGGACAACAUGGGUGUCCAACACUACUGGCUGCUGCUGAUGUUGUUGGUCAUCUGCCUUGACUGGAUUACAGGUGUUCUGAGUACAAUCAGCCCAUAUAUAAAACAUUAUGAGGGCUUGUCUUAUGAUAGAGGACAUUUUCAUAGGAUGCACUUGAGAGCUCGGAGAACUCCCCCGUCCGAGGAGUAUUCGCUGAAGCUGGAUUUUACUGCUUUUUACAGAAUGUUCCGCCUGCGUUUGAGACGAAGUACUACUGGGUUUUCCCCAAAUUUUAUGGUGGUCAGUGAGAAUGGCUCCUCACCUGCUGAUCUUUCUCAUAUAUAUUCAGGCAUAUUAGAAGGUGAACAUGGGUCUGUGUGCCAAGGCUCUGUAAUGGACGGUCAGUUUGAGGGAACCAUCUAUACAAACAAUGGGACUUACCACAUUGAGCCAGUCCAUAGAUACAUAAGCAACCAAACGGACCACCAUUCUAUAAUUUACCAUGAGGACGACAUAGUUCUGCCACCGAUGGCAUCUAACCUCGACAGAUUCUGUGGAACUGAACACCUGAAGGUCCUUGCCCAGCGUCUUGGACUCAGUGAGGAGGCAUCACAGAGUCGCUCCAGACGGACAGUGGACGACUUGAAGACCAGCUGCCUCCUUCACCUCUACGCUGAUAACCUCUACUUCAAAAAAUUUAAAUCUGUGGAGGCCGUUGUGGCUCAGGUCUCCUCAUAUAUACAAGCUGUGAACGACAUCUUUGACAAGGUGGACUUUGACGGAAUCAAGCUCAUCAACUUCAAAGUCAAAUCUCUCACAGUUAUCACUGAGGAGGACAAAACAGAUCCUCUCAAUCGUCUCUAUAUCGGCCCUGAGAAACUGUUGAGUUUAUUCUCAGAGAACAACUGGGGGAACUUCUGCCUGUCGUACCUGCUGACAAACAGAGACUACAGUGGAGUGCUGGGACUGGCCUGGGAGGGCAGGGCGGGUAACUGGGGAGGGAUAUGUUCAGAGUACACCACCCUGCGUAACGGCCAAAUGUCCACCCUGAACACUGGUCUGGUCACGGUUCAGAACUACGGACAGUUCCUGCCCGCUCGACUCGUCCAGCUCACAUUAGCCCAUGAACUCGGCCACAGCUUAGGAUCUCCGCACGAUGAAGGCCCUAACUGCGGGAAUCUCGGUUCCACUGGUGGCAAAGGCAGAUUCCUGAUGUUUCCUCAGGCCACAGAUGAGAUACGUGAAAACAACGACCGAUUUUCCCCCUGCAGCGUGGAACACAUCAGCAAAGUCCUCCAUCAGAAGAAGGACAACUGCUUUGUGGUCAUUGACCAGCCCAUCUGUGGAAACCAGAUUGUGGAGGGAGAUGAAGAGUGUGACGUAGGUCAUAAUGACACCGACCUCUGCUGCCACAGCGCAAAAGAUCCUGUCGGGGUUCAGUGUCGCCUCAGGAAAGGGAAAGUCUGCAGUCCCAGCCAGGGCCUGUGCUGUGGUCAGGACUGUGGCUUCAGGCCUGUUGGUCAUGUCUGUGACGAGGAGACAGACUGCCUCAGGGAGAGUGUGUGUUCCGGCCUUUCACCACUCUGCCCUCAGCCAAUGGCCAAGGAAAACCUGACUGUCUGCAGCGAGGGCACACGCGUCUGCUUAAACGGGGUGUGUGCUGAGUCUGUGUGUGUCAAACAUGGUCUGCAGCAGUGUGACUGUCCUGGAGACUCUAUGAUGGAGAAAUGCCACACGUGCUGCCAGCAGCCCGAAGAGCCAGAUACCUGUGCUAGCACCACGUCCUCCGUACUGUCUCGUUACUUCCAGAAAAAAGAGCUGCCAUUGGUUGGUGGUGCUCCAUGCUAUGGAAACCAAGGAUACUGUGAUAAAUUCCAUAAAUGCCGCCUGCUGGAUGCUGACGGUCCAAUAGCCAGACUGAAGAACUCCUUCCUCCAUUUGGACGACUUUGAUGAUCUGGGAGAGUGGAUGAAGGCUCAUUGGUGGGCCAUCCUGCUGGUUAUCCUGACUUUGUCUGGAGUGAUGGGCUGUACUGUCUGUCUCUGCAGUCAGACCCUCAACACCAGGGAACCUGGACUGACCUCUGACACUUGAUCUCCGACACCCCUGGGAAUACCACCAUCCUCAGGAUGACGCACACAUUCCUCCAGGUUCAUUUACCAGGGAGUGUCAGGGGAUCCGAUUUUCAAAAACUUUUUUCCAUGACUUUGCUCUGUAUGAACCACGUUGAAAUGCACACGGAUGACAAAGAUUGUAGGGACACUUGCUUUUUUACUUGCUUUGCAGUGGAAACUUUGCAUAUUGGAACAAGUAUGUGCAAUUAAAUGAAAAGUAUGAACCCUUUCCUGGA